CGCCCCGUUUACAUCCCUAACUGAAGUCGGUCUUAAUUGCAUUUCACUCUUUUUUAGCGACUGCGGUGACUAUUACUCAUCUUCAGUAGAAUUUAUUACAAUUAUUCCCCCCAAAUUUCUUUGAACCCUAAUUAAUGGACAAUUCUAGUUCUAGGAUUUACGAUCAAACUUCUGAUCCUAAAUCCCAAUUCUUGAAGACCACAUCAUUCAAUUACAACUCAAAUCAAACCCUACCUUCAUCGGAUCGGAGAUACGCCUACUCCCGUCAAUCUUCGUUUCAUCAAUUUGCCGAUCCGCGAACUCCAACAACGAUAAUCGCUAACAAUAGUUUACAAACGCCGGUAUAUUCACGGAGUGUUUCCAGCAUUGAUAUUCCGCCUGUUAUAUAUUCUGGAAAUGAGAAUGAUUAUCACUUGUGGAAAGAUCCGGCGAAAUUAGAGGAGAAAUUGUCACUGAUUGACUUAAUUUUAUCGGUGUUUCGUCAACUGAGGACUGGUAAUCGGCCUAUGAAGAGGUUGUUUUUGCUGAUUUCGUUAAAUGUGGCGUAUUCGACUGCUGAGCUAUUGAUCGGUCUUCUUUCUGGUCGUGUUGGUUUGGUAUCCGAUGCGUUUCAUUUGACGUUUGGAUGUGGCCUUUUGACAUUUUCCUUAUUUACCAUGGCUGCUUCUAGGAGGAAGCCAGAUCGAGUCUACACGUACGGGUAUAAAAGGCUUGAAGUUUUGUCUGCCUUCACAAAUGCUCUUUUUCUUCUAUUUUUGUCUUUUUCCUUGGCCGUGGAAGCGCUCCAUGCAUACAUACAAGAUGAAUCUGAGCAUAAGCAUUAUCUCAUUGUUUCUGCAGUGACAAAUCUGUUGGUGAAUCUUGUUGGUGUUUGGUUCUUUAGAAACUAUGCUCGAAGAAAUUUGGCUUACAGAAAUGCUGAAGAUAUGAAUUAUCACUCAGUGUGCCUUCAUGUGAUUGCUGAUUCUAUUCGCAGUGCAGGCUUAAUUUUUGCAUCUUGGCUUUUGGCUCUUGGGAUUCAGAAUGCCGAAGUUUUGUGUAUGGGACUAGUUUCAGUUGCAGUCUUUAUGCUUGUAAUGCCAAUAUUUAAGGCUACAGGUGGUAUUUUGCUGCAAAUGGCUCCACCGAGUAUCCCAUCUUCAGCAAUGAGCAAAUGUUCUAGACAGAUUGCUGCUCUUGAAGAGGUCACAGAAGUCAACGAAACGCGUUUAUGGGAACUGGUACCAGGUUAUCUCGUUGGUUCACUCUCCUUAAAGCUAAAAGCAGGAGUUAAUGAAAAAUCGAUUCUGCAAUUUGUACAUGGCUUGUACCAUGAUCUUGGUGUCCAGGAGUUCACAUUACAGACUGAUCAUGUCUGAUGUACUUUUUUUCGAUGUAGUUAACCUUGAGAAUCGUUUCUUAAUUCAUUUUUUUUAGGAUCUUUCCUCUUUUAUGAAAUACAACAAUACAUUCUUUAAAGGCUAAGCAUUUAUAUUACUGAUUAAAAGGGAAAGAAAUCCCCUUCUUUUG